AACAAACUCGAGAUUUAUGAGUCGAGUACAUAUGACUAAAGAAAAAAGUGUAUUUUUAUAUCAUUAGAUAGGACAGAGAAGAGAGGACUAGAGAGGAGAUUUAAAAAAAAUCUAAACUUGUUGUUGACUGUGCUUGUAUGAAUUGACAACGCUGCGCUUUGGUAUUUUAGCGUCGCAGAGAAGUAGAGAAGUAGGCAUGUAGCAACUAGCAACCACCAACCAGUGCGUUUAAUUCUUUACGAUCCUAGAGAUAAGAAUCAUGGAGCAAGCAGGCAGUGUCAAUUCUUGUUUACGCAGACACCCACAAACGUCAACAGUGACAGUCGUUUCCUGAAAGAAAACGAUGUUUUGCACUCCCCUGCUGCCGACUAACGAAGAGCAGCUUAGCAACGAAAAAAAAAAAUGAAAAGCCAACAUCUUUCUUUGCACUGCACAAGUUGGCAGUUAAAGUUGUUUAGAAGACGAAAUAACGUGCCCGUGUGCAAACUAUUGAAAACCUACACACACGUCAAGAGGGAGAUGAUUCACAGCAAGGAGCGUGACAGAUGUGACGGGGGCGCAUGCUUUGAACGCCGCCGCAGCUAUAUACACGCGUGCAAGACCCGGGAGAAAAAUCGCAGUCUCUUCUGUCUCAUCUCUUCAACAGAUCAAGAAAUCGAUCUCGAAGGGGCGAUAAAAAUAAGGAGAAAGAGAAGCGCAAUUCGUGUCAAUUUUCGUUUGUUCUCUGCCUGAAUAAGAAAGCUGAGACGGAAUGCAUUAUAGUAUGCCACCAGAGACUGUUGCCACUGACGUUGUAAUGAAUUCUAGUCGAGACGACAUCGACGACGCGGAAAAACUGAUGGAAACACAUUGGCGAAAUGAAGUGGAGCACAUUAAUUCGAGCAUCGAUCCUCGAAAUUAUUCCGGAAUACCACCGAUUGGAUCCAGUUAUGAGGACUAUUCGUUUUGGACCAAAGAACAGCUGAUCUUGAUUGAAAAUUUCCCUCCAAAUGCUUUUAUCGUGAUGGGAUUGAUCGUCUCAGUUAUUGCCAUUUCUGGACUUGCUGCUAAUGGAAUGGUUCUCUUCAUCUUUUCGAGAUUCAAACGAUUGCGAUCACCUCCAGCCAAUACUUUCAUCAUUGAUUUGGCACUUAGUGACAUGUCAGCUUCAGCUCUUCACUCUAUGGCUGCUUAUUCCAACUUCAAUGGAAGAUGGGCCUUUGGGCAAUUAGGUUGUGAGCUGUACGCUAUGGGAAUUACAUGCUUCGGACUGGUUUCCAUUCUGACAUUCAGUGCCAUCGCUUGUGAACGAUCACUCGUCAUUGGUUUAGCAGAAACUCACUGGAAGGUCAGCAAAGCUCAAGCCCAAAAAGCUUGCGGAUUCAUUUGGCUCCAUUGCGUUAUUCUGGUCAGUUUGCCUUUUUUCGGAUGGUCGUCCUACGUUCCAGAAGGAUUACUGACGACCUGCUCGUGGGAUUACAAGACCCGAACAUCAUUCAAUCGGGCCUAUUACGUCCUACUCCUAACGGCUGGCUUCUUUCUUCCCGUCUUCCUGAUUUUCGUCUGUUACGGGCGGAUUUUGGCGUCAGUUACGUCCCAGGCACGUCAGAUGAUUUGCAUCAAUUCGCAGAACAGCGUCCUCCGCAAAUUGCGACGGCAGACGGAAAUAAGAACGGCUCAGAUAGUUGUUACGCUUAUCCUUGUUUACUUGACAGCCUGGACUCCCUACGCCGUCGUAACGUUCAUCGGACAAUUCGGGCCGGAAGAACAUCAGCUAUCGCCAAUGGCAACAGCCAUUUCGGCCUAUUUCGCCAAAACAGCCGUCGUACUUGAUCCUUUAGUUUACGGAUUUUCUCAUCCUCAUUUCCGCAAUGCGCUUAGGCGGUACCUUUCAAACUUGCGUGCAUCCCGCAUCAGCAAAAUCGGCUCAGACAUACGACCCCGCAAUAGUAGCAUAUCUAAAUGCAACAGUAAAAGUUGGCCAGGCGGAAUGCCUAGCAGUUAUCAAUCGCGCGGAAUGACUAUUUAUCCAACAAGCGCUUGCUGUGCACUUCGUAUCUGUCAGCCGCACAAUUGCACCCGGACCUCUGUAGCAUCGGGUGAAGUUCCCGUUGGUGUUGUGGGGAAAAGUGAGCGCCGGAAUAGCCGGAAUAGCCGGAUGUUGCGAACGUUUCGUGAAUUAUCGUUGAACGACGUAAGAGAAACCAGUUUGGCUUCUAUUCAUUCUAAUUGCAUAACACCAGCUAGUAAGAGACCGUUCAUUAGAAGGCACAUGUCUACUCCGGUUAAAUCCGAUUUAUUACAUAGUUUCAAGUACAAAGUGCGUGAUGCAGAGUUUUACAGCGAGUGGUGUGGGUCGCCCACAUUAACAGACCAAUUUGCAGUCGAAGCUCGUUAAGUUAUCAAUACAAAUUUGCGUGCUUUUACAAAUCUGAAAUCUAGGUCAAUUUCCAUCUUUGGAAGCCUGAAGAGAUUUGACACAAUUUGUCAAUGUUUUUAAAUUCUAAAAUUGUAUGUUUGGAUAAUGAGGAUUCUUUAAGAAUGUCCUUCAACAUGUAUUUGUAAUAUAAAGUUUUUAAAUACCAUGUGUAGUGGAGCAAUAAACAUGUUCAACAACAA